AUGGAUAUCCUUUAUAAGCCUCCUAUGAAUCAAGAGGUUGAGUGCAAAAUGCUAGAAAAAAAUUAUGUGACCUGUCUCCAUGAAAAAUCUGUGAAGGAUGUUGAUGUGCCAAUGAAAUGCAACGUAGAAAGAGUAAUGCAUAUUUAGGUUCUUUGGUUUAAUGUAGAUUGCCCUACUCGUUAUGAGAGAUUCACAACCCCUGAAGGUCUGAAAUCUGUAUAUGCUGACUGGCAGAAAGGAAUUUAUGAGGAAGCUUAA